UCUGUGAUCACAAAAACAGUCACAAAUGAAACAUGUCUGAUAGUCUGCGGGUGUAAACAAGUAAAGUUUAUCGAAAAGUGUAUUCUAAUGGAUUUGCACGGAAAUGAUCGACGAAUGGUCAGAGUCAAAUGGCUAUAUUCGAACGGGAAAUUAGUACCAAGGUGUUGUUAGAUGAUACCGAACCGAUCAGUUGUCACAUCGAGAAUUGGCAGAACAUUAAUGGGCAUACAGAAUUCGUAAUUAGAGUACAUCGAGGUCCAUUUUCCGACCAAACUUGGAAGGUCUACAAGCGCUACAAUGACUUCCUCAAGCUGCAUCAGAUGCUGCAAGUGUCCCGAAUCCCGCUCGAAUUACCCCCUAAAAAGCUCAUUGGCAAUUUGGAUCCUCAAUUUAUCAGCGAACGCCAGCAAGGCCUGCAGAAAUAUUUAAACAGCGUUCUUAUGAAUCCCAUAUUGGUUUCGUCGUUACCCGCGCGGUCUUUUAUAGAUCCGGCCAACUAUUGUCAACCGUUUGGAGAAAUAGCUCUGCAGCAUGUAUCGUUAGUCCUGAGAGGAGAGUUUGGCUGGGAAGUUGUGGGCCCGUUGGUGGAAAUUGGCUGGCGACUUCGCAAGCACUUCUACACGAUCAAGUGCAAAUCGAGAGCCAAAGACGAUCUGAUAGGGAGUUGGACGGAUUAUGGCCCGGAUAAGUACUUGGACGAUAAGGACAUGCAUUCGGUGUUCAAGAGCUUGCAUCAAAUCAAGCAUCCAUACAUUGAUCACAUUGACUUGUGUCUUUGCACGGACAUCGGAGGCCUAGUAGUGAGAGAUAUGAAUAAGAACGGUUCAUUGCGCGAUCUGUUGUGCGGCGCUAAACCAAAAUUGUCUUUUUUGAAAAAGUACGGAAACCCCAAAGGCCAUAAGCUGCUAACGACUGAUGAUAUUGCGCUCUAUGGAAGGCAGAUACUGGAGGCGUUGAAGUUUCUACAUGAAAAAGGCUUUCCAUAUGGCCAUCUGCACAGUGGAAACAUUCUAAUCGAGAACGACCGAGUCAAACUGAUAGAUAUAGAAAAUGGGGUGUUGGGCGUGCCAUCUUACUACCGGCCAUAUUUCAUGCAGCACAAGAAAAUAAGCACACUGGAGGCAAUAGACGUGUACUGUUUCGGUCACGUUCUCUACGAAAUGGCCAUCGGAUCGCCUUUGCACGAAAGCUACAUCGGGGAAGAAAUAUCCGAGUGUCCUCAGCAAAUUAAAAAAAUCUUAGAGUCGGUUUUGUCGCAUGAGGCUUGCAAAAACGGCCUGCCCACCAUUGACGGUCUGCUGGACGAUCCGUUUUUCGCUCGAGUUCAGUUACAUUUGACCGAUGGCGAUCGCGCACAUUUUAAAAUUCCCUCCUCGGUCAAAGAGCAUCUGAAGACCGUAGUGGUUAAGAUUGAGGAUCGGCUCAAAGGUGAGCAGAAAGUGGUGCGAAGCCAGAAACGACUCACCAAAGUCCAGGAGAUGAUGAGCAGCGAGGAGGAGAGAAAGAAGCACCGAAAUCGAAUGAAGCAGCUGAAAGAGCAGAAGAGCAAAGAUGGAUCAAUGAAAAAGAACGGAAAUUAUUUGGACCGGUGCGACAGCGUUAAUAGUAGCGCGGCAACGUCUGUCGGUACUGCUACUCCACCCCCAGCAGCAGGUCCCACGGUACCACCUCCUCCGCCACCACCGGCUCCAUCAAUCGCUCCAAACAUACCGCCGCCUCCUCUAUCUCUUCAAGCUGUGAUUUCUAAUGGAAGUACAGGUAACAGCAGCAGUUCAACCAAAGAUAGAUCAGCUCUUCUAGGGGCUAUCACCAGUUUCGAUAAAGCAGCAUUGAAGAAGGUUCCAGCAGCCGCCGGUAAUCCGCAUUCCUAAAGUCUUGACCAAUCAGAGGGUUAUUAAAUAUAUGUAAUAUAGAGCGAGUUUCGACUGAUAGUCGAACCGCAUAUAGAUAGCCGUUCUGAGCGAGUUUUGCGCUGUUGGAUCAACUGAUGUGAUGGAAUUCUUCUAUCGAAGUAACAUCUUAUGCAAACUGUAAAUACUUUGGGGCCAUAUCUUUAACCCAGUCCGGGUUUCUAUGUAAUCAGCUAGGUCAGUGUCUAUAUUGUAGUCCCAAAUCGAGCAUUUCUUUAGAUAAUUACAAUAAAUGUAAAUUUAAAAAAUUAAUGUUCCUUUACGGUGUGUCAUAUUAUGAAUCUUCGUACUUUCGUGUUUCACUUGCAAAUUUCUCGUGCCAAUUCUUCAGGGGCAUUUAGAUAGAAAGGGGUUACUGCUCGUUGACUAUUGAACUUGUUGGCCUUUAUAAAUGUUUCUAAUGUUAGCUUUAUUUCAGUCAUAAAUCGCUGCGGAUUAAUUACAUAAUAUUUACUUAGACUGCAUUUUAGCUCGAGUUUUACAUUUUCUCUCACAUGAAUGAGUGACUCGCUUUUACAAAAUAUCGUAUCAUCAAGACCGUAAGUCUUCAAUAUGCCCCUUAGAACACAUUAUUUGAUCGUUUAAAGCGUUACAGCGCCAUAUUGAGUUGCACGACGGCGGGCUUUGUAAAGCUUUUUCAAUAUUCAAUUCAAUAUUAUCGCGCUAUACGAAUGGUACAGCCUGUAUUCGUUUUACUUACUUAUAUUUGCUUUGUUAUAAAGUGAAAAAAUGAAGGUUACACAAUUUUGCUUUUGAUUAGCUGAGAUUGUUUCUCAAUUUUUAUGUCUCCGUUUGUAAGAGGUUUUAUUUGAAUGUGUACUCAUAGUUAACUAGAGUGAUCAUUUUCCUGGAAAUAUCGAAAUAAUAAUUUCAUAAAAACAUAUAUUUUUGUCAAAUGAAUCUUAAAAUCUAAUAGUAAGGUUCGCUAGUCAGUCUUACAUUGAAAAUUAAUCGAUUUCAAUGUAGUGAUGAGCAAGUAAGCAAAGUGAUGUUCUGCACGUGAGAUCUUAUUUCCUAAUUUCUAUACUAUUAAUACUAUUGAUUGGGAACAUCCUCAAUAAUAACAGAUAUAUGCCAAAAUAAAGUUUAAUCCUAAGUU